UUAUUUGACUUAAACUGUUUCACAUGACACUUGACAAAAUUAUUCCGGUAAAACAUUUAAAACCAACCACGCUACUUUUAGAGAGGCCGUUUAUUGAGCAUGCAUAACAGUCGCAGGCGGCUGCAAGGCCAUGAAUAUCUACGAGGGCGCUCGCAGCAUUGCCCUACGGCGUGACUUAGAUGCUAUGUCCAUAUUCUAUGAGGAGCGCAGCGCUGCCAGUCGAAGAAAACAGUUCAAGCUGAUUGAGCCACCAGUGCCCGGGCUUUGCUUUUUCUUUCACGGACUAAUACUUGGCGACUGCGAGCACUUUGUGAUCGACUUUUUGACUAAGCGGAAAAACGAACGAUGUGAUACCUGCGACGUUGUUUUGCAGAUCGGGGCCCGCCUACCACAAAACUACAUUGUACGCAAUUCGCGAUUAAUGGGCAAGUGGGGCCCUGAGGAAAAUUCAUCUAAUUUACCUUUUCAGCUGAAACGUGGUAAAACCUUUUGGAUGCAGGUGCUUCUGACAGACAAUUCGUUUUAUAUUUCGGUAAAUGGCUUUCACUUCGCACAGUAUAACUACCGUAUGCCAUACAGAUGGCUAACCGGGGUAGAGGUGCGCGGUGAUGUAUCUGACAUGGUCAUUGACAUCUUCUAUGUGACGGAAUAUCCAAUUCGUGUCAGUCGUAGUGCGGCCACCGUUAUACAAUACGUGGACAAACCCUUCAGGGAUUUUUCGCUUGAGGUUGAUUCCACCAUGCCCCUCGAUUGGGUGCAUAUUGAUGCUCCAACCAAAUUCCUCGAGCGUGGCCGUAAUCCCCACGCCCAGUUAACCGUACCAUUCUAUGGUCGAAUUCAAAAUGACGAAAAAUUUACCGAUGGCCAUGUACUUCGUAUCGAAGGUCGCGUUCGUAUUAUGCCUCAAAGUUUUAGUGUGACAUUACAGCGUGGUCAGAAUAUCUGGCCGCAGCCGACAGUAUCAUUAUUUUUUAGUCCUAAUUUCCUACGAAGCAGUCGUGCCAAGGUGGGAAAGGCUAUUAUUACUAGGAGCGCCUAUAUAAAUGGUACGUGGGUGAGUCGUGAAGUAACACGGUUACAUACACAUUUGGGUCCAGGCAAGGCCUUUGUCCUUAUAAUCGCCUGUCGGAAGAAUUUUUACGAGUUAUUUGUCAACAGCUAUUCGCUUCUGACAUUUAAACAUCAGAUGAAUCCCGCAGAUAUUGAUAUGGUUAACAUUCGGGGUGACGUUAAGCUCUGGAAUGUUGUCGUUGAACGGGUCAAGCUUCCGCCGAAGCCUCCCACAGGCCGUUCUCUUGUCAGUGUUAGUCGUUUCCGGUUAUAUGAAAAUGAAAAAGGGAUUUAAAAUGUAUUUGGAUCACAUUCAAAAGAGUUUUAAAUAUUGUGUGCGGUACACGUGUUCAGCUCAAGAAGACAAACGCUACUUGCAGUGUCGACAAAAUGUAAAAAGGACCUAGUGUUUCUUAUCCCGCUUUUGGCUCGCUAACUAACCACAUUCACCGAAUAAACACCAGCCCCAAAUGAGAGAAAAUUAAUAAUUUCAUUUUUACCUUACAUUCUUACUACAUAUUUUUCUGCAAUUAAAACAGCA